AUGAAAGCCGAGCUUGUUGGUCAUCAUCGCAUCUACUCGGAGCAUGAGGAUGCUUCGAAAAAGACAGCAGUACUACCAGCUAUCGAUAGCUGGGGUGCUUACUGGAGAACAAUUGUGGCUAUAUACUUCUUCGAGUCGUACAGCGGUCUGGACGUCUUCAGCGAUCUUCGAAAAAGCCUGAGCAGAGCACUAGACAGAGUCCCCCAUCUGACUGGUACUCUGGAGCCAACAUCUAUCAAAACAAGCGACGAGCCAGUCCGUACUUUCCGAAGGGUGAAGGUCACAUGGGGGUCUGGUACUCCAGGCGGUGAAUUGCUCGAGUGCAAAACAAACGCACGCAUCAAGUCGCUCAUACCACCUUCUGCUCAAGCGUCAAGCUUUGUGUGGGACCGAUCUGAUAAAGCACUUGAGGCACUCUUUCCUAAAUGUCUUUCCGAAACGUCAGGACUCCGUAUUCAGCUUACCAAAUUCACAUGUGGAGGCUUCUCAAUCGCUAUUGAUAUGGAUCAUGCCUUGGCAGAUGCAUAUACAGUCGCAUUAUUCAUAGGGUAUUGGUCAUCAGUGCAUAAUCAGAUGUUCCCUACUACAGCAGAGCCGUGCCAAUCUGCAAAAUUGCCUGAUCUCCUGUUCAGCCCCAGCAUUGUGGAAGACAAGAUACCAAGCGAUGGCAAAAAACUUCUGAUGCUGGAGAAAUCUACUCAUCUGCCUACUCGUCGUCCUGACUUUCGAUUUCUAUCCGCACCGAACAAGGAAAUCAUAGUCUCGCGUGAUGGGCCUAUACCAAAUAUGAAAAGACCAAACUCAGUCAGCACUCAGUAUCUAUUCCACGUCUCGGAGUAUGACUAUGAGCGGAUUACGCGUGGGGUACAGGCCACAGCAGAUGUUCAGGUUACAGAUCAGAUAGCUUUUACUGCUUUCCUUUGGGCUGCUCUGAAUCAAGCGCGACUACACUGCGGACGUCAUUCCCUCGAUUUGCAUCUAUCGCUCAGCCUUCGAUGGACCCUUGGCCUCCCAGAAGGACUAGUAGGUAGCCCCUUAGUUGCAGUCAUGUUUGACAGCGGAGAGGAUCUCCACACCGUUCGCAGAAGACCAUCGGUGCUUGCAACAGCCAUCACAGAGACACUUGAAAAGUACACAGAGGACGCUCUUCUUGGUAUAGUCUACGACGCGAGUAUGCGUGACAGUCCCACCAGCUCCUCGAGGGGUACUGAGAAGAGCGAGCGUAUGGAGCUCACGUCCGGCGUUGGAUCUAUCUCAAGUGCUCCUAUCUUUGGUUCGUGCAGACCAUUGUUCAUGGCUCCUCCAGCUUUGCCUGUCGAGAACUUGUUUAUCAUGGCAGACUGCUUGUCAUCUAAUGCUGGGACUACUGCGAAACGAUAUGCCGAUGGUUACAAUAUAUUUGUCAGCUUGCCUAGGGACGUAUACUGUAGUCUAAUACAGGAUCCGGCCUUCAGUGCUUUUGAGGUGCUGGACGAUCUCUAG